AUGUCCAUAACCAAAAGAGCUCUGGCUCAGCGAUGGCUGCCAGUAGACCAGUUUCCGUUGAGCAAGGAUAUGCAUUCGCAUAUCUUAAAGAAGCUCAAACGGAGAACAGUACUACAGACCAGUAUUGUUAGCGAGAAGCUUUGCGCUGAUGUCCUCCAUCGCGUCUCUCCGUACCUACGUCAAAGCCCUCCCAUCGACAUUCUCGAUCUUUGGCCCAAUGUUGGCCUCCUCUCUGCCGCAAUACACAAGUACUUGCGACCACGACGUCAUCUCCUCAUCGAGCCCGAUCUUCCAGUCUAUGAACCCUGGCUUCGGGAACUCGCGAAAAGCGAUUCGAGCUACAAGCUGAUUUCCGAGGAUAUAUACACCCGCCGUGACUGGGUUGACAUAUUCGACGAGCACCUUCCCGAGCAGGGUGUCGAUCAUCGAAUCGAAAAAGCAGGCAUAUCAUUACCCCGGAAUGACACUCUCCUUGUUUUGGCCAGCCCACCUGUUCCGGCCCAGAAGGCGGACCACUACACACCCCAACGAUGGUGGAGCGCAAUGAUGGAAAGUUGUAUGCAGCAAAGAGGCUUACACAGAUAUGGAAGUGUUCGCAUCCUGGCUUCAAUGCCGCCCAGCGAAGUGGAGGGUGUUCUUCCCCGAACAGUCGCAGAGCGUCGGAGACCCGCGCUGCUGACCGAGACAGUCGCUGCGCAAGCCUUUGAAGUCGCCAGCUGCUACGAAGAGGAGCACUCAUGGAUCACCAUCAAGCCUGUGGACGUGACCUUGAAGGGACGAGAGCGAGUCGAGGAGCGGGCCGCGGCACACCAGGUCUCCGUGCCUGCUGGUCGAAUGCCACCACCCGUGAAGCUUGCACCCGUUUGUCAGAAGCGCGAUCGGUCUGAUGUACCCCACUGUCCUCGCAUCUUUACUGAGCGUCACCAGACUCUACUUGAUGACAUCGAAGCCGGUGAUCAGGAGGAUUCCAAGGUCCCCAUUGUCAAGUCACCAGCCAAGACAGCGCGACAGAAAGCUCAGACCGCCCUGCAUAAGGAGAAUUCGAUCGCGCACAGCCGACAUGAACUGGCCAGUCUCGAGAUCGCGAUCGACAGGACCUCGCAAGCGCUCUCUCGAGCAGCUGCCGACCCAAGCCGCACGGCUGAAGAGUUGCAAUUGAUUGACGACAAGAUUGCAACGCAGAAGGCGGCGCUCGCCAAUCGCCUUGCGAGCUUGCAUCAUCGUUUAUACAAGAGUUGGGAUCGGCUCGUCGACGACUUUCGCACCAUGAAUGCGUCUGACAACUUUGAUGAUUCGGUCCUCACGUAUGACCGACGACCCUCGGAGCCGAUGCUGAUUGAUAAAUUCGAGCUGUUCCCGCGUGAGCCGCGCACCGUCAUUUACUUUGAGCCGGAGACCCAUCCUGAAUUCUUGCAGAAGAUCGGACCUCUGCCUGCGGACACACGACAACACGUGGAAAGCCUGUUCGAGGCACUCUCCUCCGUGUUCGGUCCUCGCAAUCACAUCACCGUUGGCGAGUUGUUCAAGAUUUUGUUCGUGGAUCGACCCACCAACGACAUCGUCGAGGCGAUACCGUCGCUGGCACGAUAUGCCAGGAAAAGACUCCGAGCGGGUUCCGGUCCCGUAGCUCUGCCCGACUCCCGUCGGGACCAAGAUCAAGACCCCGAGACCUAUUUCCAACCAAACCUCGACUACGACUUUACCGAUAUCCGUCUUCGUUGCAUCCCUGGGGCGGUGAUGUGGGAUAUUCUUCUCGAAUAUCAAAAGCAGGCGCCUACCGUGACGCCCACCCAGUUUAGCCGCAUGAUCGGAGGCACGUUGACCUCCUUCCGAGCAGGGCGUAAUCUCAUGGUGGUGCCCAAGCGCAUGCACUAG